UAUCCAUAUCCAAAUCAGAUUGGUUCUCCUUGUUGCUGGAACCCUUGACCUUUCAGAAUGCAGUUGUAUAAAAAGGGCUCCUUUGUUAUCUUCUCCAUGUUAGAUGAUCAGAAACAAGGGUUCAGUUUCAGUGAGUCGGCAUGGGCAACUGCAGCAGCUUUACUCUUCCAAAAUGGGGAAGCAAGCUACUCAAUAAUGGCAUGGUUUCGAUUGAUGAGGAUGGAACUCAUGAAGGAAUAAAGACAAUUCCAGUUCAGAAAGUCUGUGAAUUCACCACCAACUCUGUGCUCUGCAUUUGCAUCGUCACAUGGAACAUGAAUAGCAAGAUGUCUGUGGAAGAUGUAACGAAAUUGGUGAGCUCCAACAGAAAGUUCGAUUUGCUAGUUGUUGGGCUGCAGGAAGCCCCAAAAUCAGAUGUUUCACAAGUUCUGCAGGAGGCGUUGGCCGAGACGCACGUGCUAUUGGGUCAGAAGAGCAUGCAGUCUCUUCAGAUGCUUCUUUUCGGUUCAAGGAGUUCGGAGAAGUACAUCAGAGAGAUGAAGGUGGACAAACAUGCGGUUGGAGGUUGCGGUGGUAUCAUUGGGAGAAAGAAAGGAGCAGUGGCCAUGUACAUCAACUUCAGUGGGAUCCGGAUGGUUUUUGUGUCCUGUCAUCUUGCAGCACAUGAACACAAGGUGGAGAAGAGGAACUCAGAAUUCCAGCAUAUUUCACAGUCGCUCUUCUCCAAGUAUGGCACACCAUACGCCCAAUCUGCCGACAUAACAGUGUGGCUCGGCGAUCUCAAUUAUAGACUCGAAGGAAUAAGCUCGAUGCCUGCACGGAAGAUGAUUGAGGAGAACCGUCAGAGUAAGCUAAGAGGCAAAGACCAGCUUCUGCAAGAAGCUGAAAAGGGCGAAGUGUUCAACGGGUACUGCGAAGGGACCCUGUCGUUUAAGCCAACGUACAAAUAUGAUGUCGGGAGUAGCAUCUACGACACAAGCUCUAAGAUAAGGGUGCCUUCUUGGACAGACAGGAUAUUGUUCAAGGUUGGCCAUUCUUCAGGCUUGGAUGCAGUCUUGAGCUCAUAUGAGUCCCUCGACUGUGUUCGGAGCUCCGACCACAAGCCUGUGAAAGCCCAUCUUUGUCUCAGAGUACGCAGUGACGGUGAUGCUGACUAAUGACAGCAGUUAUAAGUCAUGGCUGAAAGUACUGUCUGCUGAUUUGUUGUGAACGAACAGGAUGGUGUAAGGCACAGAAUGAGGGGUUUUAACUGGCGGUUACUGUAUUCUGUAAAUUAACAUGGCUUGCUACGAUGGAAUGUUUUAGCGAGGAAUGGUGAUUACUGUAGUAUCACAGAACAUGACAUUCUUAGUGAAAACAUGUCAUUCUUUCUUCUUUCUUA